CUCUUCCAUUUCACCCUUCAUAAAAGCCAAAGCAUUUGCAAAGCCAACUCGAAACGCUAUCAUUCCCCCUUUUCUCUCUAACCCAUGGCUGUUGAAGCUAGGCAUCUCACUCUUUUACCCCCUCAAUUCCUAGGAAACAGGGAAAUGAUGAAUCCCAUUGAAGCAAACGGGAAUCUGUAUCCUGCAGAGAUGGGAUACGGCUUUCCAACGGCGGCGGAAGGAUUGAUUCCUUUGUACAACUCUUUGCUUAACGAUCAAAAAGCUGCAGCAGCGGCGGUGGCGGCGAUGAAAUCGGAGAGUUCUUUGACGUACAACAAUGUUCUUCCAUUACCCAGAAAGCGUUCGAGGGAUUCCAUUACUCCAAUCCUUUCGUUUCCUUCACUGGCUCAACAACAACCCCAUGGCAAUAACAAUAAUAAAGCUUGCUCCCCGUUCUCGUUUCUGGGUCAUGAUAUUUUGCUUCACAUGGAACAACAACAGUUAGAUAUUGAUCAUCUUAUCUUCCAACAUAUGGAGAAAAUGAGGGUGGAAAUUGAGGAGAAAAGGAAUAGGCAAGCGAGGAAGAUAAUGGAGGCAAUGGAAGGAGGGGUGAUGAAGAAACUAAGAGCCAAAGAAGAAGAAAUCGAGAAGAUCGGGAAACUAAAUUGGGCACUCGAAGAAAGAGUGAAAUCUCUGUGCAUAGAGAACCAGAUAUGGCGCGACUUGGCUCAAACCAACGAGGCUACUGCCAACGCACUACGGACCAACCUCGAGCAAGUCGUCGCAGCCGCCCAGCUUAAGGACGAGCUCACUCGUGGCGUGGCAGAGGCUGCAGCCGUAGAAGCGGCGGGAGACGAGGUGGAUGAUGCGCAGUCUUGUUGCGGCAGCAGUUGGGAAGGGGAGAAGCAGCGCACGUUAGCAGCGAUAGCCGAAGAAGGUAGCAUCGGUAGCGGUGGUGCCGGCCAAUUCUGUAGAAAUUGCGGGAAGGGGGAAUCGUGUGUGCUGCUGUUGCCGUGCAGGCAUUUGUGCUUGUGUGCCAUUUGUGGGUCGACGGUUCAUAUUUGCCCCGUUUGUAAAUCCACUAAAAAUGCUAGUGUUCAUGUUAACAUGUCAUAACCCAGAUAAAUUGGAAGAAAAAUAUAUAUAU